AGUAAUCUCAUAUCCUCAAUCAUUAUAUUCUUAAUUAAUUUCACCAGCACAGCCAACAAAUCUACAAUUAAAAAAAGGGCCCACAAACGUCUCUUUUUACCCUUUUUCCAGCGAUUCUCUCUACCUCUUCGUCUCAUGGUUGCCUGUAAGAGAAGCACUCAAAGCAUGAAUGAGAGGUUUAUUGCAAGGAUUCAAGCCUUCAAGGAGAUUUCACUUCGCUAUUUUUCACUUAAAAGCUUUUGAUUUUGCGUUUUACCAUCACAGGUUCAUACAGAGUAGGUCUCAUGGACACAAGAUCUGUACCAUGUCUGGUUAACAGCAUUUCUCGAUUCAUUCAUCUGGUUGCCUGCCAGACUCUGAAAUCUGUGCCCAUACAGAAGGAUUAUCAAUAUAUGGUUGAUCUAUUGAAGGUUUUAAAGCCCAUGCUUAAUGAAAUUGUUGAUUCCAAACUACCUACAAAUGGAAUUCUAUUUAGAGAAUGCGAGGAAUUGGAUUUGGCUGUUAAUCAGGCUAGAGAUUUCAUGGAGAAGUGGGAUCCCAAGAUGAGCAAGAUACAUAGUGUUCUGCAGAGUGAAUCAUUGGCAAGAAAAGUCCGGAGUUCUUCACUGAAAAUUUGCCACAUGUUGUGUAGGUUGCAGCAGUCAUCUCCACUUAAUUCUCAUUUAACUAGUAUUCAGUGUUGUAUUCAGGAGCUUCAAAGUUUGGAGCAGGAGAGCAUAUCAGAGGUUGUAGAAGAGGCCAUAAAAUAUCAGAGGGAUAAUAAGCUCAUCCCUCGUGCUGAUAUCCUGCUAAAACUUGUUGAGUUAUUUGGUUUUACUUCAAAUCAAGAGUUGCUGGAAGAGAGUGUGGCCCUGGAAAAGGCGAGAGUGAAGGCUGGAUGCAAGAAAAGCACUGUGGAGCUAGAUCAUGUAGAUCAGAUAGUGAAUCUUGUUGCUCAUAUUCGAGAUUGGAUGGGUAAACUUGAACAAUUUGGGGAAAUAAAUGGUGUUCCUGUUCCUCCAUACUUCCGUUGUCCACUGUCGUUGGAACUUAUGGUGGACCCAGUAAUUGUGGCCUCUGGGCAGACCUAUGAGAGGGCUUUUAUCCAGAAGUGGCUUGAUCAAGGGCUUAGCAUUUGCCCCCAAACCCGUCAAACUCUCGCACACUCAAAUCUCAUACCGAAUUACACUGUGAAGGCGCUGAUAGCAAAUUGGUGCGAGGACAAUAAUAUAAGGAUUUUCAGAACUGCUGAUUGCAACUAUAUGUCAUCCCCAUCCUCAUCUCGUAAUGUGUCUAGCUUCCAUGGUUCUUUGAAUGGCAGUAAUUGCACUUCAAGGUCAUUUAUGGAUGUUGGAAAUGGAUCUGAGAAGCAAAGGGUUGAAGUCUCUUCAAGAGGUGGUGUGGACAAUAGCAAUGUAUGUUGCAGCAGGAUAAAUCCAAAAUGUGACCAACCUUCACCAGAACAGUCUUAUAUUCACAGCCGAAGUGAAUCAGUCUCAAGUGGUAUUUCCAGCAUUGAGUAUUUGUCUACAGCAAUGACAACUGGUCUUACUGAAGAGCCAAGGGUUUUGAGUAGGCAUGUCAGUGCUAGUGUUCUGUCAGAAGUCAAAUCCGAGGGUCUGGCUUGUUCUCCGAAUAGAGAUUCAGGGUUUUCUCCAUGGUUGUCAGGGAAACAAUUUCACAGUUCUGAAAUAAAGGUGGCAGUGGCUGAGGAUGGCAAAAAUCAUCAUCAAAGAAGCCUUUCUCUUCCAUUUUCAGAUUCCGGAUUCGAUGAUUUGACCUCUUCUUCCCAUGUUGAGAAAUUGGUUGAUGAUCUGAAGAGUCAAUCCAAUGAAGUGCAAACUGCUGCUGCAGCAGAGCUGCGGCUUCUUGCAAAGCACAAUGCGGAGAACCGUAUUAUUAUUGCCCAGUGUGGGGCUAUUGCUCCUUUGAUUUCAUUGCUCAAUUCACCAGUGAAACUGACACAAGAGCAUGCCGUCACUGCCCUAUUGAACUUAUCAAUAAAUGACGGAAAUAAAGCCUUGAUUGCUGAGACAGGAGCUAUAGAACCUCUUAUCCAUGUUCUUAAGACGGGAAAUGCGGGGGCCAAAGAGAACUCUUCUGCAACUUUAUUUAGUCUAUCGGUAUUGGAAGAAUACAAGAUAAAAAUUGGUCGUUCCAAUGCAGUGAAGGCCCUAGUUGAUCUGCUAGGCUCUGGGACACUCAGGGGUAAGAAAGAUGCUGCUACUGCCUUGUUCAAUUUAUCGAUCUUUCAUGAGAACAAGGCACGCAUAGUCCAGGCCGGGGCUGUGAAGUACCUGGUUGAGUUGAUGGAUCCUUCCACAGGGAUGGUUGACAAAGCCGUUGCUCUUCUUGCAAAUCUCUCUACGGUUCCAGAGGGACAGUCUGCUAUCACUCGCGAAGGUGGCAUCCCAUUACUAGUUGAAGUUGUUGAAUCAGGAUCACAGAGAGGAAAAGAAAAUGCUGCAUCCAUCUUGUUGCAGCUCUGCAUUAAUAGCCAGAAGUUCUGUGGCCUGGUUCUACAAGAAGGGGCAGUGCCACCUCUUGUUGCAUUAUCUCAAUCUGGGACUCUCAGAGCAAAAGAAAAGGCACAACAGAUACUCUGUCACUUCCGGAACCAGCGAGAAGGGGCUGUUGGAAAGGCAAGAUCAUGACUCAGGAUGUGGAAUCUUUCAGCUUUCUGUGAGUUUGGUCUUCUCCAGUGCAAUGGGUUCAUUGAUCAGCCAGGGUAUAUUGGCAGUUUCUUUGAUUCUUUCAUAUGAAACUUACUCCAGCGUGUGUGGAAAGAAGAGAAUACUUAGUAUGUGCCAUCUCUCUCUUAGCUCCAUCAAGGAAGUAAGCAGCUCAACUGUUAGCAGGAGUAACUGAUAUUGUCUGUUCUACUUUAUUUGGUGCUCUGGGUCUGCUGCAGCAGCAGAUAAACAUGUGUUGUAUAUGUGUUACUCCCUUUGUCAUUUGUUGUACAAUAAUAUUAUAGAAGUUCCAUU